AAAAAAAAAAUGCACGGAGCAAAACGAGUUAUCAUAUUUUGUUUACUUACAACUGCAUUACCAAUUUUUUUUUUAAUUAUGCCAUUAUAUUUAAGACAUAAACUAUAUGCAGAUGUAGUUUAUGCUGUCACAGAGUCUGAUGUUUUGGAAAUUUCUGAUGGAGUAUCAACAGUAUUUUGUUCUGCACAUACAUUAGAAAUGAAUGGUACUUUUAAUGCUUUUCAAAUGGGCCAUAGACCCGAAAUUACCUCUUACCGAAAACAUAUAAGACUGAAGAAAAGUAUGAUUUUACCUGAUGAUACAUUAGAAUAUUGGGGUUUUUAUUUAUUACGAGGAGCGAGUGUUGGACUCAGUGUAUGUUCUAGGUUUCCCGGUGCUUCAAUACUCGUGGUUAAAGGUGAAAGAACAUUGCGGACUUGUGGAAUGUUAGAUCAUAAUAUAAAUAAAGCACGUACAAACGGAAUUUUUUUACCUCAAGCCCAUGAUCAAGUGAAAAUAACAUUUGAAUCUAAUGCAAGAGAAGUUGAAUCGGAAGAAUCUACGCUAUCUGCAUUAUCAUCAACACCAUCACCAUUACCAGGAACAGUAAACACAAAUUCAUUGCCUAAUUUAAAAAAUAAACAUAUUCAACAUUUAAUGGAGCCUCGUCAGGAAUUAAAUAUGACACGAAAAAGUCUAAAAAAUCAUCGGACUAAAAAAUUGAAAAAUCAUUUAAGACAAAAAAAUAAUAAAACUGAUAAAAAAUUUGAUGAAAAUAAACAGAACGAUAAUAAAAAAUUAAAAUUAUUACGAGAUUUAAAUUCUCCUGGCAUUAAUGCCGCUAGUGAAGAAGACGAUGUAGGUUUAAAAGUAAUAAAUUCACAUUAUCAUCAACGUGUAAAGAGAAACCAAGGACCAGUUAAGCCACCAGCUUUACUUGAUCAAGGUAUUCAGCAUGGCGGUAAUGCGUUAAGAAAUAUUACAGAUGAUGAUUCUUCAGUAUCGAGUUUUGAAGAAGGUUUAUUAAAUUGUUAUGGGGGUCAAGUUUUAAUACAACAAGAAUUUGAACCAUCCGAAUUAUGUAUUAAUGUGAGUUAUUUAGAGACCGGUAAAUAUAUGCAGUCAAAACACACUGUUAUGGAAGAUGGAUAUUAUUAUUAUAUCUUUUACAGUGACAAUGAUUUAGUAUAUAAUGAUAUUCAUGCAGUUUUUAAUAUUUAUAAACCAACAUUCCAAUACGAAAGUGUAACAAACUCUUGUGUAAACAAAACAGCUUGUACUUUUCCACUAUCUGUACUAUCAGGUGAUCGUGUUAUUGUUGAAGUGCCUACAAAAGAUGGUAUCGAUCAUGAAGAAGAUGAUAUUUCUUUUUUAAUAUCUGUUUGUCAUCCACGUAUGGGAACGUAUAUAAUUUUUCCCAUAGCUGUGUUAUUUCUAAUACUCGCUUGUGCAUUUCUUUGAAUACAUUUAUUAUAAAAUUGUUAUUGUUUUAUAUUUUGAUCGAUCAAAAUAUUGUAAUUAUAAUCUU